UCUAUCUUCUCAAAUGUUUAUUCGCAAAUUGUCACUUUCUAAAGUGUCGGCCUGUCAUUUUUUUGAGAAGCACAUGUGAAUUUGUCAACAUAAGUAUGGUUAAAAUAAGGAGCAAACUGAAAGGGAGUAAGGGGAAGCGGUGGCCAAAAGGGCAGAGUUCCAGCUCUAACCCCGAAACUCGAAAAUAUAGGGACAUCGCAAAAUCACGAUUUUUUCAAGAAAAUUUAGGGCCUAGUGAAUUAACUUCGGAAGCCGUGAGAAAACAUGAAAUCCAGAAUUAUGCACCUCAAAAAGAAGAAAGUGUUGAAAUGGAAGAAGAUACCCAAUCUUCUCUUGGUUCUCAGUCUUACAAAACUAUGCAGUCAUUUGCCUCAGAAUGGUCUGGCUGCAGUAACAUGUCCUUCAAUAGAUUUCUAAACGUGUAUAAUUCAGAUUCUGCCUUGCAUAAACAGAUGCUGGCCAUUUUAGCAGCCAUAGCCGAAGUCAUCAAAGAUAUGGAGGGAUCUGAGUCUUCUACCGAAUAUUACUGUGCAUUGUUGAAGACUUUGGAACAGGUUUAUAAUUCAGAUGAGAAAAACGAAGAUCAAAUAACGGCUGUACUAUCAUUGUUGAACAUGGGUAUAAAAACGGUACCAACAGGAGUGCUAAAGAAGACUUUUGACGAUGUUGUUAUAAAAAUGUUACACAUCAUGAAAGAGUUCUCUGAAUCAGAAAACAAUGUCAUCAUCAAGUCAGUACUUGGUAUUUUGGCCACCUUAUUGAAAAUACAGGAAUUGGCUGUAUGGAACAACACUUCUACUAGUCAGGUCUUCAAUACUAUAUUGAACCUGUUUUGUAUACAUUCAAAGCCAAAGUGGAGGAAAGCUGCCCAGCACGCUGUAGCUGUCAUAGUCAAUACCGGUUGUUUUGUCAAGGAAAAUAGUUCUAAUCCUGCCGCUGACCUAGCUGCUCAGUUUUGCGAACAAACUCUUGAUACUUGCAUGGGAGGGGAUUCAGGAACAGUUCUUGUGUCUUCCGUACAAGCUGGUCAAACAACAAUUUUGCACACCCUUGGACUAAUGAAAGAAAUCAUUUGCAAGUUCUCCAAAGCUCACAUUAAGAAAUGCUGUGAAGUUAUUCUACGUCUGAUGACUCUGAACUAUCCCAUAGUCACUUCUUGCGGUCUACAAGUAUUGCAUGCGCUUUUCUCGGCUCAGUCAGUGGUGGUGCCUGCCAAGUUGAAUGCCCAGUUGAUAUCUGCAUUAUAUGAAUAUCAGCCAUCAAUUUCGGACGUUCAACCUACUCUAGCAUGGUUGGCUGUCAUGCAACAGGCUCAUGUCCAUUUGGCGGAUGCUGACGUUUCCAUGGGCAUGGCAGCUCUGCCUAGAUUGUUCAACACUGUAACGCAACUGUGGCUAUCUGAGCAAACCCAAGUCAUGACUGGUGCUACUCACGCUUUGGAAGUGUUGUUGAAAGAUGUUUUAGCUCCAGUUUGCAUGUCCAAAGAGUCUGUUGAUCAACAUAAAUCUAAAAUUGAGCGUUGCGUCAGCUCCAUACAAUCUGGAUUGGGUUACCAGUACAAUCUAGUGUGGCAUCAAGUUUUACACGUUAUAAGCAUACUGUUCGAGGUUGCAGGUACGCAUUGUAGCGAUAUGCUGUUGGAUUUGCUGAAGUCGUUAGCGGAACUAAGAGACUCGUAUAAAUUCAGUUAUAAUAAUGAACUGGAACAUGGAGUGGGAGCAGCUAUAAGGUCGAUGGGUCCUGAGGUUGUAUUGGAAGUAAUUUCACUAAAGAAGUUUAUCACUUACCAACCAACCAACAAACAUCCAUUAUUGAACAUAGACAGGUCCUGGUUGCUUCCCGUUCUCAAGGAAAACGUAAAAAAUUCUACCUUGGACUAUUUCGUCAAGGGUAUCAUACCCCUGGCUGUAUUUUGCCGCAGGAGAGCUACCCAGCAAGCCAAAGAAAACGAUGGAAUUGGAGCUCACAGCUCGGAACUGUUGUACCUUCAGCUUUGGAAUUUGUUGCCUUGUUUUUGUAACCACCCCAAAGAUAUCAAAGCUAACUUCAAGUCCGUUGCCAAAGUGAUGGGUACGGCGAUAUCUGAUGAAAAAGAUCUCCGAUUGGCGGUGAUGGCAUCUCUGAGAAAACUCAUUGCCAGCGCCAAAGAUUCUGAUAAUUCGGAAGACCUGGAAGAGUUGAGAAGAUUUGAUAAAAAUUAUCUUCCCAUUUUAUUCAAUGUUUACACUACCAAGCCCAUCGGCACCGACGAAGAGGGACAAAGACUUGCAGCUCUAGAUACUAUUAAGCUAUACUUGUCUAUCGCCAGGCCCGAACUAAACCAACAGCUUUUCAAUCAUGCGAUUGAGAGGCUCAACAGUUCCUCAGACGAACCUGAGGAUCAUUUCAUCAAAGAGAGCAUUUUGGAUCUAAUCAAAGCCUUAGUUCCGUAUCAGAGCUGCGAAAAUGUCACCUUACUUUACGAACAGUGCGUGAACUCUCUUCCUAACAUAGUGAACCGAAAGGAACAAAAGAAAGCCUAUCGGUUGCUGGAAGAGAUUUGCGGCAGCAAAUCCGAAGGUUGCCGCGAGUUUAUCAAAAACAACAGGAUCAAAGUUCAGCGGUUACUGAUGGAAACCUUGCAGAGCGCCGCAGUCUCGAGCAAGGGCGCCAGGCUUCGGUGUCUCAACUAUUUGAUACAAGCGCAGCCUCAGUUGAACCACAACAGCGGACUCAUAAAAUCUGUGGUACCGGAAGUUGUGCUGUGCUGUAAGGAUGUCAACGAAAGGUGUCGGGCUACUGCUUACGAGCUCCUGAAUAACAUAGGAAAUGUUUUUAUGGAGCAUGAUAAGAUGCAGGAGUUCGUUACGCUGCUAGUUGCUGGUUUAGCGGGCAGUGCACAGCUUAUGAGUUGUACCGUACUGGCAUUGGCUUCCGUUCUGCACAAUUUCUCAGGUGCGCUGGGAAUGGACAACAUUAGAUUCAUCAUGGAAAACAUCUGUACCCUAGCUGCCUCUGCUACCAGGGAGGUGGUAGCAUCCUGCCUCAGUUUCGUAAAAGUAUACAUGACAACUCUUCCUAGUCCCAUGGUUGCCAGUUCUCUGGAACUUAUCAUGAAGACUUUAACGGGCAUGACUGACGACUGCAAACGCCAUUUCAGGCUCAAAACUAGGGAUAUACUGGAUAGAUUGGUCAGGAAAUACGGUUGCGACUCUUUGACGCCAUUCGUACCGCACACUGACGUAGUCAUGUAUAAGAGACUGAAGAACUUGAGGAAACUGAACGCUCGCAAAAAGAGGAUGAGGGAUGCUGAAAAGGGAGAGGAGUCUAGUGAGGAAGAAGACUUUGCCGUGAAAGCGAAACCUAAGAGCGUGGAAGAAAUCUUGGCAGAUUCGGAUUCAGACUUUGAGGAUAUGGAAACAGACCAGCCUAAGGUCAAAGGCAAGAAGAAAGUGGACACCUGGAUCGAGGAAGAUUCUGAUAGUAUCGUUGAUUUCACUGACCCUGCCGUUAGAAGUAAAAUAACAGCCACCAAACCAGGACAAGUGCCACAGCCUGCUGUGGAAACCAAGAAAAAAGAAAAAGACAGAGGUUUCAAAACUGCACCUGACGGUAGGAUCAUAAUCAAAGAUGAUUCAUCAUCCGAUAGCGAAACUGAAAGCAAAAAGAAAAAUAAACUCAACUUUGGUUCGGAUAGUGAUUCUGAUGACGACACACAGAGCAAGGCCGAAACUCUGCUGUUAACCAACCGUAAAAGGAAGAGAGGUUCAGCCAGCGUCAAGAGCGGAGCUAGUUCAGUUAAUAGCAAAUAUGCGACUGGAGGUGUUGGUAUUCAUAGGAAAGUUGGUGCUUCAACUUCUUCAGUUCACAGCAGCUAUAGUACUCCAGGAUCUGAAUACCGGCCAAAAAAAGCCAAAGGUGAUGUCAAAAAGAAGGGCAAAGUCGAUCCCUAUGCAUACUUACCCUUGAAAAGAACAGCUCUCAAUAAAAGAAAAAAACUCAAGGCUGCUGGUCACUUUAAGAAUAUUAUGAAUGCGGCUAAAUUAGGAGCUUUGAAAGGUGCUAAAGCUAAGAAAAACAUGAAAAAGUGAUUAAUUAGUUAUGAUUAAUAAAGUGUAUGGAGUGUU